GGAUAAAUAGCGGAGUUAGACGAAUCAAAGGAGGAAUGGCCACUUUAUGCGGAAAGAUGUUGUUUGGAAGUUUCGCUGGAUGUAGUAAAGACUCUAAUUGACAAAGGUGAUUCAGUUGCGAUAGAAGAGUCGGAUGGAAGAGAUAUGUCAUGUGUUAUUGCAUCGCUGGUACAGUUGAUUGCUGACCCAAACUAUCGGACUCUGAAUGGAUUCCAAAGUCUUAUACAAAAAGAGUGGAUUGUUGCUGGUCAUCAGUUCAAGACACGGUGUGGUCAUCUUGAUACAGCAAGCAAAAUGUUGGGUCCUCAUAUUCCACAGUCACAAUCUGUAUCACUUCCUCGAACUGCAGCAGUUGGCAAUAGUGUAGGUGAUUCGACAUGGUAUGAUAACUCGGCAUCUGUCUUGAGUGAACCAAUGCCAAGUCCGGCUGAUCGAAACAUGCAGGUUUCAAUGCUCAGUGAGCCAUCAGGUAAGGUCUCUCAAAACAUACCAGUUAAACGAUCAAGGAGCUACACAACUACUAGUAGAACUGAGAAUGAAGCUGAAGGGAAAUUGAUGGCAAGAGUGAGUUUCAGUAUUAUAUAAGGAAGCUGUUGUUGUGUACGGGUGGCAGUAGUGUUUUGCAAUGUCAUAACUUUGUAAGCCUGGUUUGCAGUACCUAUCCUAGCUCAGCAUAACAACAUGGUACUGUAAUCAUGUUUGUACCUUCACUGUGAUGGAACAGCAAGGCCAGUGUCACAACAUUGGCUUGACGCUGGGUUGACACUGGAAAAGAGCUCUAUUCCACCGGUAUGACUAUGGCGAAGCAUUGAUUAGGCAUUCAACUAGUUAGAUGGUAGUUGAUUAUUCUAUAGUACACUAGGGUAGCAUCACAGUACAGGUUUCUCCUUGCAGCAAGUCCCUACAAGGGCUGCUUAGCACCUACUGUGAAUCAAUCAAUGCUGUCAGUAACCUGAGGCUGAACUUAAUUGACUCUCCUAACCUAGACGACUGUGAACCAGGCUUUUGUUAUGAACA